ACAUUGAUGUCCAUGUCUCGAGCUCAGAUUAUGAUAUAAAUACCACAGUUCUACCUUCAUGAACUGAAACUGAGAGUUGUUCUUAGUUCUUACAUUACUGGCUUCCAGAAAUGAGAGGAAACUCAGAUGACAAUGCCCCAAAUAUCCCUCUUCUGAAGCUCAUAGAUUGCUCCCUUAGGGUUUCUGUGAUUCCUCUUAGUAUUGCAACUAUAUGGUUGACUGUGACCAACCACCAGGACAACACUAGCUAUGGGAAGCUGCACUUCAGCAAUUUCAUGGGCCUCAAGUACAUGGUUUGGAUCAGCGCCAUUUCUGCUGUAUAUGCUUGUGUUGCUGCUGUGUCCUCAUGGAUCAAAUGCUUAGUCUCUAAAGCUUGGCUUUUCUUUGUCUCUGACCAGAUAGUGACCUACUUAAUGGUCACAUCUGUGGCUGCAGUGAUGGAGAUGGUGUUUCUGGCUUAUAAAGGUGACAAGGCAGUCUCAUGGAGUGAAGCUUGUGCUUCAUAUGGGAAAUUCUGCAGCAGAAUGAAAUUGGCCUUGGUUCUCCAUUCUCUUGCCCUUUUUAGCUUCCUUGUUUUAGCUGUGAUUUCUGCUUAUAGGGUCUUCAGCAUGUGUGAGGCACCUUCUGUUUCUCACAAAGAGGUGGAGUUAGAAGAGAACACUACUUAGAUGGUUUCUAGAAUAGAGGUUUUGUUCCCUUUAGAAGAGAUCAUUUCAUUGGUUAUAUUCUAGAGGUUCUGUUCUAUGGAGUUAUGUAAGGGGUAAACUUAAUUGUUCUGUUAUACGUACAAAUACCUAAAGCAUCU